CUCAGACCCGAGGGCAGGGGAACCGGGUGGUCAUCCCAGCAGCCUGGGAAUUGGGGAUCGGCUGCCUGGAGCUUUCCUGAUCGCUGCUUCACAGGGAUCCCAGCCCUGAUCUGCUCACAGCAGAGGGCCUGCACCCCACAGGGAAUUCCCGUCCCCCUCCCCCCCCAGGGGCCACCUCAGCUCAGGCCCCCUAUGGGGCUGCUCCUGUCGCCCACCCCAUACUGUCUGCUGCUGGGGCUGCCGGUGGUGUUCAUGGUGAGCUUGGACUGGCAGUGCCAGCGCAUGCCUUAUUCGGCCUCUCGCAACUUUGAAGUGAAUUAUGUGGUUCCCAGUUUCUCCUUGGGCGGCCCCGUGCAGGCCAUGGUGACCUAUGAGGAUGGUGACAUUGGGAGUGCCGUAUUUGUAGCCACACGCAAUCGACUCCAUGUGCUUGGACCUGAUCUGCAGCCUGUGGAGAGCCUGGCCACUGGCCCUGUUGGGGACCCCGGCUGCCAGACCUGUACAUCCUGUGGUCCGGGUACCCCUGGCCCACCCAGUGACACGGACACACUGGUGCUGGUGGUGGAUCCUGGCCUUCCGGCGCUGAUCAGUUGUGGAUCGAGCCUCCAAGGCCGCUGCUUCCUGCAUGAGAUGGAGCCCGAAGGAACAGCCCUGCGCCUGGCCACACCAGCCUGCCUCUUCUCAGCCCACCACAACAGGCCCGAGGAUUGCCCCGACUGUGUGGCUAGCCCACUGGGCACCCAAGUGACCCUGGUGGAACAGGGCCAAGCCUCUUACUUAUACGUGGCCUCUUCCCUGGACCCACGGGUGGCCUCCAGCUUCAGUCCCCGCUCCGUGUCCAUCCGACGGCUCAAGGCGGAUGCCUCUGGGUUUCAACCAGGUUUUCCUGCCCUGUCAGUGCUGCCCAAGCACCUGGCCUCUUACCCGAUCAAAUACGUGCACAGCUUCCACGCUGGAGACUUUGUCUACUUCCUGACCGUGCAACCCAUCAGCGUGACAAGCGUUCCUGGUGCCCUGCAAACACGCCUGGCACGACUGAAUGCCUUGGAGCCGGAGCUAAGUGACUACCGUGAGCUGGUUCUCGACUGCUAUUUUGCUCCUAAAAGGCGUCGGAGGGCCUCCCAGGGUGCACAGUCUUACCCGGUGCUCCAGGCGGCCCACUCUGCUCCAGUGGGUGCCCAGCUGGCUGCUGAACUCAGCAUCCCAGAGGGCCGUGUGGUCCUCUUUGGGGUCUUUGUGGCUGGCAAGGAUGGUGGCCCUACAACGGGCCCCAAAUCUGUUGUCUGUGCCUUCCCUAUUUACUUGCUAGACAAUUUGAUCAAUGAGGGGGCUGAGCACUGUUGUGAGUCCUCAUCUCAUUCUGGACUCCCACGAGGCCUUGACUUCUUUCAGACACCCAGUUUUUGCCCCAACCUGCCUGUCUCGGAGGCCGCAAGCUCCCGCAUUAGCUGCUACCAUUUUCCCCUGUUGGUCAGCCACAGCUUCACCCGUGUGGACUUAUUCAACGGGCUGUUGGGACAGGUGCAGGUCACGGCGCUGCAUGUGACACGUCUUGGCAAUGUCACAGUGGCCCACAUGGGCACCGUGGAUGGGCGUAUCCUGCAGGUGGAGCUAGCCAGGUCAUUCAACUACUUGCUGUAUGUGUCCAACUUCUCACUGGGCAGUAGUGGUCAUCCCAUUCAACGAGAUGUCAGUCGCCUCGGGGACCACCUAUUCUUCGCCUCUGGGGACCAGGUCUUCAAGGUACCUAUCCGGGGUCCUGGCUGCCACCAUUUUCUCACCUGCUGGCGUUGCCUGCGGGCGCAGCGUUUUAUGGGCUGUGGCUGGUGUGGGACCAUGUGUGGCCGGCAGGAGGAAUGUCCUAACUCCUGGCAACAGGACCACUGUCCACCUGAGAUCACUGAGUUCCACCCCCACAGCGGACCUUUAAGGGGAACCACGAGGCUGACCUUGUGUGGCUCCAACUUCCACCUGCGCCCUGCUGGGCUGGUAUCUGAGGGAACUCACCAAGUUACUGUGGGCCAAAGCCCUUGCCGGCUUCUGCCUAGGGAUGCCUCAAACCUCAGCCCAGUACCUCGCAAAGACUUUGUAGAGGAACUUGAAUGUGAGCUGGAACCCUUGGGCACUCAGGCAGCAGGGACUACCAACGUCAGCCUCAUCGUGACUAACAUGCCUCCGGGAAGGCACUUCCGGAUAGAUGGCACCUCCGUCCUGGGAGGCUUCUCUUUCAUGGAGCCAGUGCUGCUAGCAGUGCGUCCCCUCUUUGGCCCCCGGGCUGGAGGUACUCGUCUCACCUUGGAUGGCCAGAAUUUGUCAGUAGGUACCAGCUGGGCUGUGCUGAUCAAUGGAACUCAGUGCCAGCUAGAAAGGCUCAGUGAGGGGCAGAUCAUAUGUGCCACGCCCCCUGGGGCUGCCACUGCCAGCGUCCCCCUUCACCUGCAGGUAGGGGGUGCAGAGGUGCCCGGCUCCUGGACCUUCCAUUAUCGGGAAGACCCUGUGGUACUGGCAGUCGAUCCCAGUUGUGGCUACUCUGGCUCCCACGUCACCAUCCGUGGCCAGCAUCUGACUUCAGCGUGGCACCUAGUGCUGUCGUUCCACGACGGGCAAAGAGCAGUGGAGAACAGGUGCACAGGUUGGCAUCCGGAGCAGAAUCAGUGCCGCCUGCCUGAAUAUGUGGUCCGAAGCCCUCGGGGAUGGGUGACAGGAAAUCUAAGUGUCUGGGGAGAUGGUGCUGCUGGCUUCACCUUACCUAGCUUUCGCUUCUUAUCCCCACCGACUCCACCCAGUGCUGAACUGGCCCCGCUGAAGCCUGAGGAGUAUGCUGUUAAGUUUGAGUAUGUUGGGCUGGGUGCUGUGGCUGACUGUGUCGGUGUGAACGUGACGGUGGGUGGUGAGACUUGCCGGCACGAGCUCCGCGGGGAUGUGGUGGUCUGUCCGCUACCGCCCUCCCUGCAACUCGGCAAGGAGGGUGUUCCACUGCAGGUCUGUGUGGAUGGCCGGUGUGACAUUUUGGGUAAAGUGGUUCGGCCAGGCUCAGGGGGAUUGCCACCGAGAACACUCCUGGUUGUCCUGCUGCUCUUGGUCCUGCUCCUGACUGCAUUGGCCACUGCACUGAUUUUCAGCUACCGGUGGCGGCGGAAGCAGCUAGUACUUUCUUCCAACCUUGAUGAUUUGGCAUCCUUGGACCAGACAGCUGGAGCUAUGCUCCUACCAAGGCUCCGCUCGAGCUCAGAUGACCCAAGUGGCCUUGUUCUCUCUGCCCUUGGUGGUCAAGACUCCAGCACCCCAGCCCAUGAAGAAUUCUCAGAUAACAGGGAUGGAUCCUGUGUCCCACUGUUUCGGACAGAGUCUAUCCAGCUCAAGGACCUUGACAAGGCACUCCUGGCCAAAGUCAAGGAUGUACUGAUUCCCUACGAGCGGGUAGUCACCCACAGUGACCGAGUCAUUGGCAAAGGCCACUUUGGAGUCGUCUACCAUGGAGAAUAUACAGAUGAAGCUCAGAAUCAAAUCCACUGUGCCAUCAAGUCACUGAAUCGCAUCACGGAGGUACAGGAGGUAGAGGCCUUCCUUCAGGAGGGGCUGCUCAUGCGGGGCCUGCACCACCCCAAUGUUCUGGCUCUCAUUGGUAUCAUGCUGCCACCUGAGGGGCUGCCUAGUGUGCUGUUACCCUACAUGCGCCAUGGUGAUCUGCUCCGGUUCAUCCGUUCACCUCAGAGGAACCCCACUGUGAAGGACCUCAUCAGCUUUGGCUUGCAAGUAGCCCGUGGCAUGGAGUACUUGGCAGAACAGAAAUUUGUCCACAGAGACCUUGCUGCUAGGAAUUGCAUGCUGGAUGAGUCAUUUGUGGUCAAAGUCGCUGACUUUGGUCUGGCCCGUGACAUCCUAGAUAAGGAGUACUACAGUGUUCGACAGCAACGACAUGUUCGUCUACCUGUCAAGUGGAUGGCCCUAGAAAGCCUUCAGACCUACAGAUUCACCACCAAAUCUGAUGUGUGGUCCUUUGGUGUGUUGCUGUGGGAACUGCUGACUCGGGGUGCUCCACCAUAUCCCCAUAUCGAUCCUUUUGACCUCAUUCACUUCCUGGCUAAAGGUCGUCGUCUGCCCCAGCCUGAAUAUUGUCCUAACUCUCUGUACCAAGUGAUGCAGCGAUGCUGGCAAACAGACCCAGCAGCACGACCUUCCUUCCGUGCACUAGUGGUGGAAAUGGAGCAGGUAGUGGCCUCGCUGCUUGGCGACCACUACGUACAGCUGUCGGCAGCCUAUGUGAACCUCGGCCCCAGCGCCUUGGAUGAAAUGAAUGGGGUUUCUGAACCGCCUCAUUCCUCACCAACACACAGGAGCGGAUCCAAGCCAAGGCCUCACUCAGAGCCACCUCUGCCCACUUGACCUCAGGCCUACGCAGGCCCAUGGGGGCUGAACCUGCCUCGUAGCCUUGAGCUACCAACCCCCAGCGGCCUCUGGGUCCUUCCAGGCCUGAGGACAUCGAUCUCCAUCUUGUCUCUGCCCUUUAAUCUUCAGAGGCCCUAAGAGGGGAACAGGGGACAUGAACUCUCUUACGCCGCAGAAUGAGCCAGUGUGGGUGAUUCUUUUGUAGCAUAUAUUUAUGAAAUGCCUGCUGUGUACCCUGCCUGCUGAAUAUUGAGAACUCGGUAGUGACCACGGAGACACUACCCCUUGAAGCAAUUUUUAAAAUAAGAACAUUCAAAUGUAAAUGUUAUAAAAGAUAGUAGGCCUCUUUGAGGCUAUGGAGGACUACUUUACAUUA